AGAGAGAGAGAGAGCAAUGACGUCGUCUUUUGGCUUGGUCACUUUCCUACUUCUUCUAUUUAUUGGGCAAUGUGUUGGAAGACCUUUGUAUCAGCUUCCAAGUACGAUAGCUCAUCGUCAUAAACAGCCCCUACAAACAUCCCGUCCAUACAAUGUUGCUCAUCGAGGUUCAAAUGGGGAGUACCCUGAAGAAACUGCUGUAGCAUACAUGAGAGCUAUUGAAGAGGGGGCAGAUUUCAUAGAAACAGACAUCCUUGCCUCUAAAGAUGGCGUGCUGAUAUGCCACCAUGAUGUAACACUUGAUGACACAACUGAUAUUGCAAACCAUACGGAGUUCGCUGAUAGAAAAAGAACGUAUGAGGUUCAAGGCGUGAACAUGACUGGGUGGUUCGUAGUUGACUUUACACUGGAAGAGCUGCAGUCAUUGGGGGCGAAGCAACGGUUCAGUUUUCGAGAUCAACAAUAUAAUGGGAAAUUCCCAAUUAUCACCUUUGAAGAGUACAUCUCAAUUGCAUUAAAUGCAAGAAGAGUUGUUGGAAUUUAUCCAGAGAUUAAAAAUCCUGUUUUUGUCAACAACCAUGUGAAAUGGGCAGAUGGGAAGAAGUUUGAAGAUAAGUUUGUGGAGAUGCUGCAGAAAUACGGAUAUAGCGGUUCAUAUAUGUCAAAAGAAUGGCUGAAGAAACCUGCAUUUAUCCAGUCCUUUGCUCCAACUUCACUCGUAUAUAUUUCAAACCUCACCGCGCUGCCCAAAGUUUUCUUAAUUGAUGAUGUGACAAUACUAACAGAAGAUACCAAUCAGUCAUACUGGGAUAUUACUUCGGAUAUGUAUUUUGAUUACAUAAAGAAGUACGUGGUGGGGAUUGGACCCUGGAAGGAUACAAUUGUUUUUCCAAGAAAUAACUAUUUGGAUAGAGUUACUGAUCUUGUUGCCAGAGCCCAUGCUCGUGGCCUACAGGUGCAUCCAUAUACAUUCAGAAAUGAAAAUUCUUUCCUGCACUUUGACUUCCACCAAGAUCCUUAUGCUGAAUAUGAUUUCUGGAUAAACAAGAUUGGUAUUGAUGGACUCUUCACAGACUUCACCGGAACCUUUCACCGUUACCAGGAAGCUACUGCUCCUCUAUCCUCCGAAAGUAAAGAUGGCGCUUCCGAUUUAUUGCAUAAGAUUGCAGGCAUUGAUUGAUUCCCAUAGA